AUGAUGAAGUAUAAUCUAACUACGGUGGUGACUGAGUUUCUAUUCUCUGGAUUUCCUCAGUUUGAAGAUGGUGGCCUCCUCUUCUUCAUUCUUUUGCUUGUCAUCUAUAUGUUCAUUGUUAUUGGGAAUCUGACUGUGGUCUUUGCAGUCAGGAUGGAUUCUCGUCUCCACAACCCCAUGUAUAAUUUCAUCAGCAUUUUCUCAUUCCUGGAGAUCUGGUACACCACCGCAACGAUUCCAAACAUGCUCUCCAACCUCAUCAGUAAGCACAGGACCAUCUCAAUGACUGGCUGCCUCUUGCAGAUGUAUUUCUUCCAUUCACUGGGAAAUUCAGAGGGAAUUUUGCUGACUGCUAUGGCUAUCGACAGGUACAUUGCCAUCUGUAAUCCUCUCCACUACUCCACCAUCAUGACUCCCCAGCUGUGUGCUCAGCUCUCUGCAGGAUCCUGCAUCUUCGGCUUCCUUGUGUUGCUCCCAGAGACUGCUUGGAUUUCCACACUGCCCUUCUGUGGUCCCAACCAAAUCCACCAGAUCUUCUGUGACUUUGAACCUGUGCUGCGCUUGGCCUGCACUGACACAUCCAUGAUUGUGAUUGAAGAUGUGAUCCAUGCUGUGGCCAUCAUUUUCUCUGCCUUGAUUAUUAUCAUUUCCUAUGUCAGGAUCAUCACUGUGAUCAUGAGGAUUCCCUCUGUAGAAGGUCGUCGGAAGGCUUUCUCUACCUGUGCAGCCCAUGUUGGUGUCUUUCUCAUGUUCUAUGGUAGUGUCUCCCUCAUAUACCUGCGUUUUUCGGCUACAUUCCCACCAAUUUUGGACAAAGCUUUUGCCCUAAUAUUUGUAGUUCUUUCACCAUUUUUCAACCCUAUCAUCUACAGUUUGAGAAAUAAGGACAUGAAAAUAGCAAUUAAGAAACUUCUCUGCUUUAAAAUGUUUACUGCAUCUGCAGGUUAA